AUGUACCCAAAAAUUCCAAGUCUUAUGGCCAAAAAAAUGUGAAAAAAUGUACCCGAAAUCGAAAAAUCACCGAUUUUUGGCCUGAAAUUCAAAUAUUUCCAGAUUUGCUGUCAUUGCUUGCGAUGGAUUGUGGAAAUCGUUCAGUAAUCAAGAAGUUAUCGAUUUUGUGCAGGAAAAAAUGGAGAAUUUGAAAUCGGUGAGUUUUUUUUGGCAAAAAAUUGCGAGAUUCGAGAAUUUUUGAAAAUUGCUCAUGUUUGGGCUCAAAAUACUCCAAGUUCCCCGGUGAAUCUGAAAAUUUCAGAAAAUUCAUCUGAAAAUUUGAAUUCAGGCUGAAAUUUGGGUUUGAAACAUAUCUCAUAAGCCUAAUUUUUGAAAAAUUGAAUUUCAGCUCAAAAUGCUUCAAAAAUUCUGAAAUUGCUCAUGUUUAGGCUCAAAAUGCUUCAAAAAUUCUGAAAUUGCUCAUGUUAGAGCUCAAAAUGCUCCAAAUUCCAAGAGGAAUCUGAAAAUUUCGUCUGAAAAUUUGAAUUCAGGCUGAAAUUUGGGUCCAAAUGAUAUAUCAUAAGCCUCAUUUUUGAAAAAAUUGAAUUUUAGCUCAAAAUGCUCCAAAUUCCACGUGGAAUCUGAAAAUUCCAAUUUUUCAGCUCGAUCUGGAAUUACAGCCAAACGAAAGUCGAGAAGAAGCUGAAAUUCGACAAAUUUCCGAUUUCUUGGCUGCCGAAGCUGUGAGACGAAAAUGUGGUGAUAAUGUAUCGAUUAUUAUUGUGAAAUUCUGA